GGAGCGGGCUGGGCGGGACUGGCAAGUUUUCGUCCGGAGUUCGUAGGUCUGGAGCCUCCGCGGCCGCCGCGCCGGUGCCUUCAGCCUAGGUCGGGAUGGAUCAGCCCGCCGUGAACCUGAAGGUGAUCAUCCUGAUUCACUGGGUGCUGACGACCUGGGGCUGCCUCGUGUUCGGGGGCCCCUAUGCCUGGGCCAACUUCACCGUCCUGGCCGUGGGCGUGUGGGCCGUUGCUCAGCGGGAUUCCCUCGACGCUAUAAGCAUGUUUCUGGGCAGCUUGAUGCUCACCAUCCUCCUGGACAUCAUCCACAUCAGCAUCUUCUACCCGCGGGUCGGCCUCUUGGACACAGGGCGCUUCGGCGCCGGCAUGGCCAUCCUCAGCCUGCUCCUCAAGCCCUUCUCCUGCUUCCUGGUCUACCAGAUGUACCUGCAGCGCGGGGGCGGGAUCCUCAUCUACCCCGGUGAGCACUCUGCUGGUUCCGGACCCUCACGUGAGCGCAGUGCCUACCAGACGAUUGACUCACCAGAGGUCCCCACAGACUUUUAUGCAGGCGUGGAGGGCAAAGGUCACACCUCCCAAGGCUACUGAAGCCAGCCCCGCUGCCCUGGCCGCAGCUCAGGGGCCAGAAUCACAAACUGUAGGGGAGGUUGGACCCCCACCUCUCUUGGACCUCAUGUGGAACGUGUCCUAUUCCCCGUCUCAGGUGUGGCCUGAAUGGCUCUGUGCACACAGCUGUCCCACGCUCCCCGAGAACCCCACCCACUUCCAAGUACCUCACUGGUCCCAGGCUGGGAACCGUGGUCACUUUCCUCACCUCCACCCCUAGCUGCUCUGUGCAGGCCCCAGGCCAAGUCACUCCUGAGCCGGGCAGAGUCCAGCCUCUAUGGGCCAGUGACGCCCCAGCCCUGGGCCUCCCCGAAGUUGUCGAGUCUCCCCCCACCUCCCUACCCCCUCGCAGAAGGAGGUCUGUGGUAUAGGGUGAGGUGCUGUGCUUCUCACUACCUGGUCACUUGCUCCUGGGAACCCCGGGGCUGGAGGCAGGCGGUGUCAGCUAAACUUGAGACCCACGACAGCCCCCAGCUUCCCUUCUCAGAGGCAUGGCAUUAAAGUUUGGGGAAUUCUGUA